GCGAAGUCAAGUGAACUGCAGCCAAGAAGGAAGUAGCUCCGAUGGCAGAAGGGCCUGCGCCGCGUGAAUCUGCGCCCUCAAAAGGACGUUUGAACGUCAAGCGGUCAGCCUUUCAUUCACCUCUCCUGGAUGCCCUUGACAGUUGGGAACAGCUGCAGGAACUGGAAAAACACUUCCAGAUGGACCCACACCCAGACCUCGGAGCUCAAAGGGUCCUGGCCGCCAGACUCAACCUGACAGAGGAACAAGUUAAGACUUGGUUCACCCAGCGUUCCUUGAAGCAGAAGAUGUGCCUUUGCUCUGCUUGGCUACUAUGGAAGCCUGUCCGCCGUAACCCUUAUCCCUGUGCUUCCAACAAAGCUGGGGGUUGCCGGCCACCAAGCUGUUGGUGCAGGCUCAUUCCCAUCAAUUCCUCGGGGCGAUUUAGCCUGGAUUUUCAGAGGUACAUGACCCACAGAAGGCAGCUAAGGCAAGGUGUGUACAAGUCACGAGAGAGCAGUUGGUGCAGAGUGAUGGUAUUACCUCGCACAGUGAAGCCUCACAUCAGCAGUGCGUCCUGUCAAGACAAGGAGUCUUCCCAAAACAGCCCCGGACUCUCCGAAGCUUUGGAAGCCUUGAAGAAGCUCAGACUCUCUUCUGGGUACCAAAACACAGAUGAUUUCUGAGAAUGUCCUGCUUUGCCUUACCACUCACUCUGGUAUCUGGGGAUGACAGCCUCAUUAAUCCACGCCCAUUUUGGGGGUUCUUGUUGAGGGGGCUGUUGGACUUUCAUGUCUGUGUUAG